AUGAGUGUUGAGGCGUACGGGCCGAGCUCGCAGACUCUCACGUUCCUGGACACGGAGGAAGCGGAGUUGCUUGGAGCGGAUACCCAGGGUUCGGAGUAUGAGUUCACGGAUUUUACUCUGCCGAGCCAGACUCAAACAGGCCAAACGCAGAGUCAGUUGGACAACCAGGUUCGUGUAAUUUUUGUUGCCUGUUUGGUUUCAAACUAGCGAGUAAAAACUCGCUAACAAGCUAUAGGGUAUUGUAAAUACGGAACCUUGUAGGUAGCUAGCUAGCCAGCCAGCCAGCGUGCUAACUAGUUUAGCAGAAGGAGCUAUGUAAGCACAGCUAGCACGCUAGUAGCUGUAUAGUUACAAAGAAAACACAUGCAUCUGUCCCAGAGGCCACGCAGCUGGCUAACCAGUUAGCUUAGCUAGCAUGUUUACAUAUAAUUUAGCAGUUAGCAUGAGCUAAUCUGCAUGUACUCGUUGUGGGAUGGACACCAGGAGUGUCAAGCAGCCUGUCAUUUUCUUGAUAACGCCAUGGCACUGAGUGUAGCAUUCUUAAAUUCAUUAUCUGCCUGCUUUACAUAGCAGGUAUGCUAGCUAGCUGCUGUGAGCUUGCUACAAGUACAUUUGAUAGUAAAUUAGUUAGCUAGCUGUCAAAUGCACUUGUAGUUAAAACAUUUUUUAUCUGUGGUGUCCAUUUCCAGGUUAUUGACAUUAUUUUGCCCGCAGCUAUUGUCUUGACAUUUCCAUGUUUUCUCCAGGCGAAUGGGCCUGAUGGAGUUCUGCAGAAUGGGGAUGACCCUGUUGUGAAAGCAAGUCAACUUCUUGCAGAGUUGAACUUUGAAGAAGAUGAGGAAGACAGCUAUUAUACUAAAGACCUCCCAGUUCAUGCAUGCAGGUAAUGUUCAUAAAUAGGUUUGAUGCAUCGUAUAGUGCUGUCUUGCAGAUUUUUAAAGAAAAAAUAGUUUUCCUACCCAUAAAGAUUUGACAGUUGUGACAUUAUCCUUGUUUUGCUUCCCCCAGUUACUGUGGCAUUCACGAUCCGGCUUGCGUGGUGUAUUGCAACACCAGCAAGAAGUGGUUUUGCAAUGGACGUGGCAAUACGUCUGGCAGGUAAGUUUCAAAGACCAACCAACCCGCUCUUGUCUGUUGUGUAGCUUAAAUGUCUACGUGGUAGACUAUACACACACAUAAAGAGGCACAUGUAGACUUGGAGUCCCAAAGGACAUUUUAUAAAUGUUGAUACAUCUUUUCAUAUUCUUCUCUCUCAGCCACAUUGUGAACCACCUGGUCAGAGCCAAGUCCAAGGAGGUGACUCUGCACAAGGACGGUCCUCUGGGGGAGACGGUGCUGGAGUGCUACAACUGUGGCUGUCGCAACGUCUUCCUCCUGGGCUUCAUCCCUGCCAAGGCAGACUCUGUGGUGGUACUGCUUUGCAGGUAAAGCAGAUCUAUGGUGUUUACUAACCUUCGUUGUACCAUUCUGUUUCACAAUGAUCAGUUGUCAUAUUUCUCUAAAUGUUCUUGGCCCUUUUUAGACCCAUAAUCCAAUUGCUCUUAUCAUUGAAUCAAAGGGAUUUUGUAGUAGAGUGCGUUAAUGGACGUAUUGUUUGUUUUGGUAAUGCAGGCAGCCAUGUGCCAGUCAGAGCAGUCUGAAGGACAUCAACUGGGACAGCUCCCAGUGGCAGCCGCUGAUCCAGGACCGCUGCUUCCUGUCCUGGCUGGUUAAGAUCCCCUCAGAGCAGGAGCAGCUCCGGGCCCGCCAGAUCACCGCCCAGCAGAUAAACAAGCUGGAGGAGCUCUGGAAGGUUCAUAAGCUACCUUAGUUACCUUAUGGUCCUGUGUGGCUCAAUUGAUAGAGCAUGGUGCUAGCAACUCCAGGGCUGUGGGUUCGAUUCCCAAAUGUACAUUUAGCAUGAGUUAACCCAGCAGCUUACUGUAGGCCAGUGGCCUUUUACUUUGGUCGUGUAGAGCUACUGGCUUUUAUUUUGGAAUUUUAAAUCUCAAACGGAGUAAGCAGCACUCUCUUUAUCUAUGGCUGUUGUUUGACUGUCUGUCUGGGUGUCUUCAGGAAAACCCCACAGCCACUCUGGAGGACCUGGAGAAGCCCGGCGUGGACGAGGAGCCUCAGCACGUGUUGCUGCGCUAUGAGGAUGCCUACCAGUACCAGAACAUCUUUGGCCCCCUGGUCAAACUGGAGGCCGACUACGAUAAGAAACUCAAAGAGUCCCAGGUAAGUUCCGCUGUUUUCUGCUGGAGUGUUCAGGCUAGCUCCUCAUGCUUUUGGAUGUGAAGGUAAAGGCAGUUUUGUUUUAAAUGGUAAAUUAAUUGCUGUCUUGUCUGUUUGUUUCACAGACCCAAGACAAUAUAACUGUCAGGUGGGACUUGGGACUCAAUAAAAAGCGGAUUGCUUAUUUCAGCCUUCCCAAGACGGACUCAGGUGGUAAUUCAUUUUUUGUUCAUCAACGUCACAAAGUGUCCACGAGUGGUCCAUGUCCAUUCCAUUCCGGCCACAACCUCCCUCGCAUCCUCACUGACGAGCAUGCCGGAGUGUCUUAUAGUCUGAGUCUGAAUGUGUACGAUUAUGUGUUUGUAUGACUAAUGUCCUAAAAUCUAAAAAUUCUAAAUUGUGCCUUUCAUCAGCUAAUUCCCUUGCCCUCGCUUUCCUUCUUUUUUCUACUAUUCACUGUGUUUCUGUAGACAUGCGCCUGAUGCAGGGUGAUGAGAUUUGCCUGAGGUAUAAGGGAGACCUUGCCCCACUCUGGAAAGGCAUUGGACAUGUCAUCAAAGUCCCAGACAGUAUCUUUUCUGUUGUUUUUUAAUCGUUAUGCUCUUAUUUUAUAUUACCGUUUACUCUUCAGUUACUCAUUUUAUUCAAAUUCAAACAUUUGAUUGGAAAUGAUUGUCUCUCUGUUUGACUUUGUCCUUUCAGUAGCACCCCAAUAUCUCUGCAUUAGUCUCUGGAAGGAAUAGGUGUUUUGUUUGUGUGUAGUCCUUAAUCCUGUGACAAUAGACUAUGGUGAUGAGAUAGCCAUUGAGCUGAGGAGCAGUGCUGGGGCUCCCGUGGAAGUACCACAUAACUUCCAGGUUGACUUUGUGUGGAAAUCCACCUCCUUUGACCGGUAGGAACCUUCUGACACCAAUCGAUAUGAAACGCAACAAAUGGGUUGAGCUCGGUUUGCUUGGCAAUGGACUUAACUAUUACACACUGUUUCAAACUUUCCUCCAGGAUGCAGAGUGCCCUGAAGACCUUUGCCGUGGAUGAGACCUCUGUGUCCGGGUACAUCUACCACAAGCUGCUGGGUCACGAGGUGGAGGACGUGGUCAUCAAGUGUCAGCUGCCCAAACGCUUCACCGCCCAGGGCCUGCCUGACCUCAACCACUCACAGGUGGGUGUUACCAAAUGCAGAAGCUAUGAGUAGAUUUGAGUUAUCCCAUCUAAAACUAUAUUUGCUGAAUGUUUGGCAUUUUAAAAUGUGUCAUCACAAAGGUGUAUGCUGUGAAGACUGUGCUGCAGCGUCCUCUCAGUCUCAUCCAGGGGCCCCCUGGCACAGGAAAAACUGUCACCUCCGCCACUGUAGUGUAUCACCUGGCCAGACAGGGCAACGGGUAAGAUGUGCUCACUUAAUAGGGGACACCAUAUACAGAUUUUCUAAAUUCACCAACCUAAAGGUUUAUAAGCACUUUGUCCAUCCCUAACACUAGUUGUGUGUGUCCUCAGGCCUGUGCUGGUGUGCGCUCCCAGUAACAUUGCGGUAGACCAGCUGACUGAGAAGAUCCACAUGUCAGGUCUGAAAGUGGUGAGGCUGUCUGCCAAGAGCAGAGAGGCCAUCGACUCCCCUGUGUCCUUCCUGGCUCUGCACAACCAGAUCCGCAACAUGGACAGGUAACCUGGGACUGCUAUCGAGAGAGGAACGGUGUCUUUAUCUUAUCAGGUGUCCCGCUAUCUCAGUAGACAAAUGAUCGAUUCCACUUGAGAACUUGGCUAUGGGCAAUGAGAGUUGCCUCAGUUUGAAAGCAUAGAUCCUCAGUUCAUGUUCAGAGGCCUUUCCUCUGUCUUGCAGCUUUUCUGAACCUGAACCUUCAUCAUAGGCUACAUCAUUUCUCCACACUAAAGAGUACUGGUUUCUCAGUUUGUGUUUUUUGUUGUAUCUGUGUGCAGUAUACCAGAGCUUCAGAAGCUCCAGCAGCUGAAGGACGAGACUGGGGAGCUGUCCUCCUCUGAUGAGAAGCGCUACAGGGCCCUGAAGCGCACCGCCGAGAGGGAACUACUCAUGGUAACACCUGUCCCUAUUCCACACUCUCCCUUAAAACAAAGUCCUAAAAAUGACAUAAUUCCACUGUAAAUAAAUGUCUACUUCCUCAAGUUGAUUAUCACUGACCACGUCUCCCAUCUCUGCUCCACAGAAUGCUGACGUGAUCUGCUGUACCUGUGUGGGGGCAGGAGACCCCCGCCUGGCCAAAAUGCAGUUCCGCUCAAUCCUCAUCGAUGAGAGCACCCAGGCCACUGAGCCAGAGUGUAUGGUGCCUGUCAUACUGGGGGCCAAGCAGGUACGUCUCAGGGCAAUCUCUAAGAAAAAUGAUGUCCAGUCAGUUAGCUCCAUGACAGGUCCCAACUUCUCCCUCUUUCUCGUACAGAAUGUUUAUCAAAGGUUGUUGCUGAGGGAAAAGUGCAGUUACAUUUAUCACCUUGCUCCGGAUGUCUGUGCUUGGUUGAAUUUGACGUUGUUGCAAGAGCAGAACACUGAGACAGGGGCUAAGUUCUCUGAGAUGUGAUAUGCAAACACUACACCCAAUGCUAGUUUCCACACCACACAACAUUGGAUUUGAAUUGGAAUGGCCUUUCUAUUCAUACUAAAUCUAUGAUUUCUCUCUGUUUGUUUCUUUCCAGCUGAUCCUGGUGGGAGACCACUGCCAGCUGGGUCCAGUAGUGAUGUGUAAAAAGGCAGCCAAGGCAGGUUUGUCCCAGUCCCUGUUUGAGCGUCUGGUGGUGCUGGGCAUCAGGCCCAUCCGUCUGCAGGUGCAGUACCGUAUGCACCCGGCCCUCAGCGCCUUCCCCUCCAACAUCUUCUAUGAGGGCUCCCUGCAGAACGGAGUCACCGCAGGUAAGUCAGUGAGGAAUGGAAGUCGGGGUCAGUGUGUAGACGGGUUGGUUGUUUACCAACAAAACCGACACGUGCGCAACUAUGGGGCAGAACAGACUGGGUUGGCUUAGAUUGUUGACAACAUGUAAACUAUAUUCAGUUUUCAAAUGUUUAACAUAAAUACAUUUGCACAAUGAGGACUUGUUGUCGCUCAAAUACAUCGUUACAGUUGCUGGAUAGCUAGCUAGUGAAUUUGAGCCAUAUUAGCAUAGACAUGACAUGAGUCAAGACAUGGUAUCAAUAACAAGAUACAACGAGCUGACACGAGCCAACUAUGAUUUCCAACAUGGCAGCUUCUAGUCAUUAUUGCAAGCGAUCUAACCGUUCAAAAUCAUAACACCACACUUACUACGCGCAUCAUUUUUGGAACGUUGUCAACCAACCCGUCUAUAGAACCUUCAUAAACACAGGUGAGGGUGAGCUUGCCCUGCUGAUGUGCUUGGCCAGCAAGAGGGGAAUGGACUCCCUGUUGUGUACAAACUGGUUGGGUAGUUUAGAUAGUCCGUCUCGAAGGACAAAGAAAACAAAACAAUCAUGUAUUUCCUUAUAACAGCCAGAUUUACUCAGUUUUCACCAGGUUUCAAACACCCAAAACAAAGGUAAAACAUGACAUUGGCUUCAUUUAUACUUAAAUCUGGAUUAACCUUAAUGUACAUUUUACUAACUCCCUUUCCCCAUUUCUAUUUUAUUUACACAGCUGACCGCAUCAAGAAAGGCUUUGACUUCCAGUGGCCACAGCCAGACAAGCCCAUGUUCUUCUACGUGACCCUGGGCCAGGAGGAAAUCGCAAGCUCUGGAACCUCCUAUCUAAACAGGUAUUUGACAAACUAAAGCAUUUGUCAUGUCAUUUCAGUGCUUUCGUACACUGACCAAACGGACAGACUCCAGUCAUAAAAAGGGCAUGUUUUGCUUGUUUCGUGAAUUUGCUUUCUUCUCUCUCUCCCGCUGUACAGGACUGAGGCUUCCAACGUGGAGAAGAUCACCACCAGGCUGCUGAAGGCUGGGGCCAAGCCUGACCAGAUAGGCAUCAUCACCCCCUACGAGGGCCAGCGGUCCUACCUGGUGCAGUACAUGCAGUUUAGUGGCUCCCUCCACACCAAGCUCUACCAGGUACAACACACAGGCUUGGAUGUAAAAUGUGUGAUCAAUCUGGUCCGCUGCGGCACUCAAGUCUGUCAGUCAUAUUCUCACUGUAAUGUAGCAGGUUUUAAAGAUAAUUAUAGCUUGUAAUGUGAGUCCAUAAAUAUAAAUAAACCAGUUUACAUUGGUUUAGUAAUGUGCUCAUGGAAUCAUUCAUCCAUUCGAAUGUUUUAAGUGAAGGCCAGAUGAUGACUGGAAUGGUGCAUACGUCUAUGUUAGCUUAUCUAAUUGCUUUCCUGUUUCUUGGCUGUCCUUAGGAGGUGGAGAUAGCCAGCGUUGAUGCGUUCCAGGGCAGAGAGAAGGACUUCAUCAUCCUGUCCUGUGUCAGAGCCAAUGAGCACCAGGGCAUCGGCUUCCUCAACGACCCGCGCCGUCUCAACGUGGCUCUCACCAGGGCCAGGUAAACAACACCUGGACCAUUCUCUCUGUCUCCUGAUGCUCAACAGAUAAUGAGAAAAAUAGUAGCAUUAUCCUGUCUUUCAAGUUUUGCAAGACUUUGAAUAUUUGUCUUUGGAAUUAUGUCAACGUUUUGCUGUGAGGAUUUAGAAGUUAUCAUUACUCGGGCAGUAACAAAGUACUGUCACACUGCAAAGAGUAAUUAUUUACGUCAUAUUAUUUUCUGUAUCUGUGAAGGAAGUGUUUGAAAGGAAGUGUGUCCUAUCUGUGUGUGUGUAGGUAUGGGGUUAUCAUUGUGGGCAACCCCAAAGCCCUGUCCAAGCAGCCUCUGUGGAACCACCUGCUCAACUACUACAAGGAGCAGAAGGUUCUGGUGGAGGGACCCCUCAACAACCUGAGAGAGAGCCUCAUGCAGUUCAGCAAGCCCCGCAAGCUAGUCAACGCCAUCAACCCUGUGAGUCUCGCCCACCCCUUAAACACGUGUGUUGGAUUAUGUACAUGUUUAUGUGGUGUUUUACUUUCAUGAUUUACUUUGGCUGUAGACAGUACACCAUUGUUAAAAGAACAUGGGCUACUGUGUGUGUGUUACAGUUUACAGACUUACUGAAAUGUUUGUUCUAUGUGUGGGUUCUUCAGGGGGGCCGUUUCAUGAGCACAGCCAUGUAUGAUGCCAGAGAGGCUCUUAUUCCUGGAUCUGUGUAUGACCGCAGCAACACUGGUGAGAGAUGACGUCAAACUGUAAACUUGUGUGUCUCUGUACCGGUUUUGCCGUUGUUCAAUAUGGUCUCUUUGUUUUCCUUCUAGGACGUACAUCCAACAUGUACUUCCAGACCCACGACCAGAUCGGCAUGAUUGGCCCGGGCCCCAUGGCCUCCAUGAACAUCCCCAUCCCCUUCAACCUGGUCAUGCCUCCCAUGCCCCCGCCAGGCUACCUGGGCCAGGUCAACGGCCCCCAAGCAGGCCGUGGUGGAGGUAUGAAGGGUAAGGCGGGCGGCGGAGGGGCGCGAGGUGGGCGCCAGAGGAGCCGUGGCAUGGGGAACCACGGCGGGGGCAGCGUGCAUCAGGGCCUCAUGAGUGGCAGCCAGGCCAGCCAGGACCUGGGCUCCCAGCCCUUCUCCCAGGGACCACUCACCCAGGGCUACAUCACCAUGAGCCAGCCCUCCCAGAUGAGCCAGCCUGGCCUCUCCCAGCCUGAACUCUCUCAGGUAAGGCAGCAGAACGUUUCCAUUGGUGUCUUAUAGCAGACGUUCUUGGUCUGACAUAGACAUGUACAUGCAGGCUAAAAGCUUCUCCUUUGCUGUUUUUCUUACAGGACAGCUACCUUGGCGAUGAGUUCAAGUCCCAGAUUGACGUGGCCCUCUCCCAAGACUCCACCUACCAAGGGGAAAGAGCCUAUCAACAUGGUGUGACUGGACUGUCCCAGUACUAG